ACAGCCCCGUCAGCUAAUAACAAAACACUACUCCAGCGUGGACCAAUCAAAAUGGAGAACAGCGGGAAUCUGGGCCAAUCGCAAGAGGCGUAGACGUGACGUAUCAGCCAUCAGCUGUUCUUGUUUUGCUUCUUUUCUGCUCCUUUUCCUCCCGGACACUCGACCUCUAAAAUACCCGCAUUUGAACUGAAAUUUAAAGUCCUUUCCUGCGGUAGAAAGCCGCCGGCUCCUCCUUCGCCCUCUCGCCUGCACCGCACCGCUCGCCGCACAUUUCUUUCUCAAAUUGGAGCCGUCUUCAGCCGAAAUCGAGCGACGAGGCGGCGCCGAUCCCAGGCCUCCAAUCCAGGUCGGAGGGAGGGAAGGAGGUCGCUGGGAAUCGGGAUGGACUCCGAGGAGGUUGCGGGUGGCUGCGGAGGACCGGACGCGCCGGAGGCACCGGACGGACCGGGGCUCCAGUUCUGCUGCGCCUCCUUCAACCAAGACUCCACGUCACUGGCUCUUGGAACAAAGACCGGCUACAAGUUGUUCUCUUUGACCAUGGUGGAAAAACUGGACUGCAUCCAUGAGAGCGAGACCCCAGAUGUCUACAUCGUGGAGCGUCUCUUCUCCAGCAGUCUGGUAGUCGUGGUGAGCACCGGCAUGCCGCAGCGCAUGAACAUCUACCACUUCAAGAAGGGGACGGAAAUCUGCAACUACAGCUAUCCGAACAACAUCCUUGCUGUCAAGCUCAACAGACAGAGACUGGUGGUGUGCCUUGAAGAGUCCAUUUAUAUCCACAACAUUAAGGACAUGAAGCUGCUCAAGACUCUGCUCAACACUCCGUCUAACCCCUCAGGUCUCUGCGCUCUUUCUAUCAACCAUUCCAACUCCUACCUGGCGUAUCCUGGCAGUGCCACCAUUGGAGAGAUCAUAGUGUAUGAUGCCAACACUUUGAACACCGUGACAAUGAUCCCAGCUCAUGACAGCCCCCUGGCAGCUCUCACCUUCAACGCCUCGGCCAACAAACUCGCCAGUGCCUCAGAGAGGGGUACUGUCAUCCGGGUCUUUUCCAUUCCUGAGGGCCAGCGUCUGUUUGAAUUCCGCCGAGGCAUGAAGAGGUAUGUCACUAUAAGCUCUUUAUCCUUCAGCCCUGACGGUCAGUUCCUCUGCGCUUCCAGCAAUACAGAGACGGUGCAUAUCUUUAAACUGGAACAAUUGGGACCAAGUGGAGUGGACGAUGCUGCCACGUGGACAGCCUACGUAGGGAAGAUGUUCUCAGCGGCCAGCAGCUACCUCCCUGCUCAGGUCUCUGGCAUGAUGAGCCAGGACCGAGCCUUCGCCACUGUUCACCUCUCGUCCGGCCAGAAGAACGUCUGCACCCUCGCUAUGAUCCAGAAGCUUCCGCGGCUGCUGGUGGCCACGGCCGACGGCCAGCUGUUCAUCUACAAUGUGGAUCCUCUGGAUGGAGGCGAGUGCACGUUGGCUCACAAGCACAGACUCUUUGGUGUUGACGAUAACCAGACUGAAGGAACAGAGCCAGAAGGGUCAGAGGUCGCAGAGCCAGCGCAGUCUUGCCCAUCCUACGCCGAAACUGCUGCCUUACCAGCCUCCGGUCCCGUCACUGUGACCCUCACUGGCUACUCUGAAGAUGGUGGGGCAAAGAAGGGCGAGGUCAUUCCAGAGCACGAGUUCGCCGCCGGCCCCGUGUGUCUGGACGAUGAGAACGAGUUUCCCCCUAUUAAUUGGUGCCGCGACGGGACUGGAGGUGGCCAGGGAAGGCGCCCCUGAGUGGGUAGAAGGACAGAUGGACAGACAGAAAAAGGCGCCAGGAAGUGAACAAAUGAACAAAAACAAUUAUUAUUAAAAAAAAGAAAAACAUCAGGGUGCCAAGUUAUUUUUUCAUUAACGUUAGAGAGAAAAUAACUUCUAUUAACAUUCAAGCUGACGUGGGAAACAAAACUCUGACCAAGAAGUAGAUGUUACAUUUCGGAGGGAACGGUGUUCCUCAAAAGACUGAUGUGUUAAAUGUACAGUACACUUCUGAUUCUGCCAUCGCACCGACGGUAGCCGCCAACUUCCUCCACGCUCACCUUUGAGUUCCUGGACGUCCGCUGUGAACUGAAGGAAGUUUGGAGAAACAAGUGGUUGGCUACUUAAAAAAAAUAAAAAAAUGGAACAACUAAAAAAAAAAAAAAAAUCAGGGAGGAGUGUUUUUCUGAAAUUAUGAGGUGCAUGCUGUAUCAGAAAUAUAACCACAGAUUUCAUAGCAUUAAUACUUGACAAAUAUUUUAUUAUUAUGUUGCAUUAUUGUAGCAACGGUUUUUAUUUUAAUUAUUUUUUUCCCCCCCUCAUUAAUAAUAUCUACGUUUACAAAUGGUUUUUAUUCUGUAUUGUAUUUUACUGCAUUGUACAUGUAUUCAGUGUUUCUGUGCACGGCUCCAGGAGACAUUUCAGAAGGUGGAUAUGAUACUGUACUGUAUGUUCGUUUGUGCCUGAUGUCGUUUGUAAAAGAGCAAAGUUUUUCUUUUUGCUUGACGCACAAGACCAAAACGAGUGAAAGAAAGACACAAAAAAUAAACGAAAAUAAACAUGUGGAGUGGAGUAACAACGAACCUAUGCAAAGCAAA